CUGCCCUCUCAGCCGACAGCAUGGAUGACAUCUACAAGGCUGCGGUAGAGCAGCUGACAGAAGAGCAGAAAAAUGAGUUCAAAGCAGCCUUUGACAUCUUUGUGCUGGGCGCUGAGGACGGCUGCAUCAGCACCAAAGAAUUGGGCAAGGUGAUGAGGAUGCUGGGCCAGAACCCCACACCUGAGGAGCUGCAAGAGAUGAUUGAUGAGGUGGACGAGGAUGGAAGUGGCACAGUGGACUUCGAGGAGUUCCUGGUCAUGAUGGUUCGGUGCAUGAAGGAUGACAGUAAAGGGAAGUCUGAAGAAGAGCUGUCUGACCUCUUUCGAAUGUUUGACAGAAAUGCUGAUGGCUACAUCGAUCUGGAGGAGCUAAAGGUGAUGCUUCAGGCUACAGGUGAGACCAUCACAGAGGAUGACAUCGAGGAGCUCAUGAAGGAUGGCGACAAGAACAACGAUGGUCGCAUUGACUAUGACGAAUUCCUGGAGUUCAUGAAGGGGGUGGAGUAGAUGCUGACCUUUGCCCACAGCUGCCUGUGCCACCUUCCAACUCCAGCUGGGCCCUGGGGUGGAGCAGGGGGCCAGGGUCCCCAGGAUGUGAUUCUGGGCAUGUUCUUGACCGAGAGCUCUACCUGACUCCCUUCCCAGCCCUGUCCUAGGGAAUGCAAAUAAAACC